UAUGCCCUGAGCAGGAGAGUCAGUAAGCGCCUGGUGGGCAGUUUUCUCCUGAAGCACCUUUGGAGUGCUUGUAACUGCCCUCCUUUACUUAAAAAGGCAGAGCUUAGCCAAAGUCCACCCUCUUCCUCCUUCAAAGCUUUCCAGGGGCUGCUGACCAUCCACUUCCUUUUAAGGCUUUGCUAGAGGUCUCAGGAAUGCCAAAAGAUGCCCUGGUGACAAUCAAAUAUGGGCCCUACAAGAGCUGUGGUAUGGUGGAACACAGGACUUUCCGACUGGAGGGUUUGCAAGCUGUGCUGAAAGCAGACGGACACAGAAUAAUUCUUGAACAAAUACCAGACUGGAAUGAAGUGCAGCUCAUAGUGAAUGGAGAGACGGUAUUUCAGUGCAACAUCAAUGACCUGGAUUUUGGAGGUGAAGGUGUAUUGGACCCGCUCUGCCAAGCAGCAAGAAUAGCAGUCUUAAAUGCUUACUGAAUAAAGACUCAGAUGCUAUUUUUUUUACCCAGAUAUACAAUAAAUGAAAUAAGUAUGC